AUGAAACCUAAUAAAUUAAGUCCAUCAUCAUCAUCAUCAUCAUCAUCAUCAUCAUCAUCAUCAUCAUCAUCAUCAUCAUCAUCAUCAUCAUCAUCAUCAUCAUCAUCAUCAUCAUCAUCAUCAUCAUCAUCAUCAUCAUCAUCAUCAUCAUCAUCAUCAUCAUCAUCAUCAUCAUCAUCAUCAUCAUCAUCAUCAUCAUCAUCAUCAUCAUCAUCAUCAUCAUCAUCAUCAUCAUCAUCAUCAUCAUCAUCAUAA